AUGCCUUACAAUACUCGUCGCAAGUCGCUGUCCCUGCCGUCCUUGGGCAUCCAUCUCCCCGUCACGCAUGCUGAGAGAGCUGCCGCACGCCUCUCACCGCCUUCCACAUCGUCUACUCCUGACCAUCCGCCACCCAAAAAGAUAAAGCGCUCCCACGAUGAGUCGCCGUCCAUGUCCCCUCCGCCAAAACGAGAUGCCAUCAAGUACGAGCAUACCCCCCCGCCUUCGCCAGAAGCCGAGGGGGACGAUUCCGAAUGCGACGAGGCGAAGCCAAAGGAGAUCGACCUCGAGGGCAUCAACGACGAGAUCGUGGAGGGCGUGAUCUUACAACUGCAGAAGACGGGGAAUAGACCGCACCUGGUCAAAGAGCUGGCCGCGGUCCUGUCUCCGACUGUGAAGAUCGUCGAAACUUCUGCGAACCCUUCGGCCAUCAUCUCUUCGCGACUGUCGUCCUACCUAAAGCGACCGUGGACUGCGCUGGCGCCCUGCCCUAUUGCGAAGGAACUGGAGACGGUCCACCCGCGAAGAACGUACUUCUACCUCACCACCUAUCAGCACCAACCCAUACCAGAUCCGUCAACCAUCCAAUUCCCACAGCGGUCGAUAAUUUCGCCCGCGCUGUCGAGCGCAGCGUCGCGGACCGAUGAAGCCGAUGCGGAGCGCAGGAGAGAGCUGUCGCCAUCGCCCGAGGUCGAUCUGUCCUCGCCGGAGUUCGAUGAUCACGACAUGGGCGCGCCUCCAACACCGACAGGUUCCUACUCGGGUUCCUACUCGGGCUCCUUCAUAGGACGCCUCGGGCCAGUGCGGAAUCACCGCGCCGCGUCGCCACCGCUCGAGAAGGACGAGAAGGAGUUCACCCAGACGGCCCGAGGGAUGCAGAAGAGGAAGCUGGGCAGGGACAUACAGAUGAGUGGGGUCCCAUCCGAGAUGGAAGAUCACCCUGCGAGGCAUCUAGAUUCCGAUUCAUUAUUCGGAGACGGGAGGGGAUUGAGCGUCUUGAAUUCGUCGGUCUUCACCAGCAGUCCGGCGAUGAAGGCGAGCUCGUGGUCCUUGAACCCCCUGAAACGAGGCAUCGAGGAAUCGAACGAUCUGUGGGCGCGCAUCGACGGCGCUCUGGAAUGGGAUUUGCGGAGUCCGGAAAAUAUCGAGCUGGACGAGUUGGACGGAUUAUUGGACGAUUUCUGA